AAGGCUUAAUCAUCAUCACAUCAGUUUGAUUCUGCUUCAGAAACUAAAUAACAGAUAAAAGCAGCUGCAGUGAAUCAAUAUUUAUCUACAAUAAAAGUUCAGAAUAAAAUAUUAGGCAAAACUUUUGUUAUAUUGGUUGUAUCGAGCAGAGAUCGACUGUUAAGUUGAGUUUCAGCAACAGCUGCGCUAAAUUUUGAAAUUUUGUUGAUUUUAUUAUUUAUAAUAACUUUAAAAGAUCAACAAUAUUUAAAAAUAGUAAAUAAUGUGUCAAAUAAUACCGGUUCUUGUUCUCUCUUUUUUUCUGUUGUGUAAAUUUUCUGUUAAAGAGGUUAUGAUAAUAAUUUUGUCAAUUGCUAAUAAAGUUUUUUUUAUAGCUCUGCUGUCGCGUACUCAUGACGUCAGGUUACCCUGGAAACAAGGGUCGCCUGCUCUAUCGGAGAGCUAGCUGCUAGUAGUUAGGUUACGUUUACAGCACAGCAGAGUUUAAUUAUAAUGUAAGAGGCAUAAAAAUGACUCUAAAGGUAGUUUUGAUGUUGAACUGAUGUCAAGAAAUAUGAACUAAAUCUUUAUUUAGAAGAAAAGUGGCGAAGAAAGCAGAGCUGCUAACGCUAGCAGGUGUUUGAGAGAAACCCGUCACCUUCCAGAAACGUGUCCAGGUCGGUCCAGCUUGGAUAUUUGAGGCUCCGCAGGAAGCAGGACCUGGUAAACCUUUGUUGGUGGAGCUGAUGGAGGAAGAAGAGGCUGUGAUGUCAGAGCUGAGGAGGCAGCUGGAGGAUGAAGGUCUGAGCCCAGAGGAGCAGAUGAUCCUCCUGAAUGAAGCCCUGAACAAGGUUCUGAACUCUGCUGCGGUGCAGACAGACAGCGGAGCGCUGACUCGGGUCAAGACUCGGUUCUACCACAGCGGGGUUCUGAGUCACUGUGUCCGGGUUCUGUCUCUGAGCCCCAGCAGGCUGAGGGGGAACUGGGCCUCUGCUGCCACGCUGGCCCACCUGACCAGCUCCUGCUGCGUGGGGGCGGAGCCAGGCAGCCGCUCCGAGGCUUUUCAUAGGCUGUUCCUGCCGUCAGUGGUGGACGUUCUGCUGUCAUUGGCCGGUCAGCUGAUGAGCCGUUCAGAGGCUCCGCCCCUCCUCAGGACGGUGAUGGACGCCGUGGGCUGGCUGCUCUCUGUUCACCCCCACCUCACGGCUCAGGUGCUAAGCUCCGCCCACUACGAGCAGAUCCAGAUGAGUGAUGAUGUCACCGUGUCGCUGCUCUGCAUCCAGAUGUGGAGUCAAACCUGUACAGUCAACAGAGACUUCCUGUCCCAGCUGAACGACGAAUCAGCUCUGCUGCUGCUCAACGACGCCGUCGCCCAAUUGGCUCUCAGCUCGGACGCCGCUGUGGGCGGAGCCUCCAUCAGGCUGAUGCUCUUGAUGGCCAAUCAGCUGGGACUCCGCCUGCGCUCUCUCCUGUUCAACUUUAAAGGUCUCGACAGCCUGCUGGAGAAAGACUGGAGGGGGCGGGGCUUUGAACAGGAAGUGGAUCAGCUGAUCGCAGUCAUCCGGCAGGAAGAAGCCGCCAGCCAUCAGUCAGAGGAGAGCAGUGAGCGCGUGUGGGCGGCGUGUGUGAUCCAGGCGGCGUGGCGUUCGGUUCUGACCCGGCGCAGAGUGAAGAAUCUCAGCAGAGCCGUGAGCGCGCUGCAGCAUAGAUACAGGGCGCGGCGCAGGCGUCUGCAGCAGCAGGAGGCGGCGCAGCAGUGGGAGGAGCAGCUACACUACCAGGUGUGUGUGCGGCGGCAGCAGGCGAGGCGGCGCCUGCAUCAGAAGCAGAGGGAGCUGCUCCAGCUGCUUCCUGCAGACCAGGUGCGUCCGUACCUGGAGGAGUGCGAGCGCCGAGCCGCCGUGGUGAUCCAGAGCGCGUGGAGAGGCUUCAGAGACAGACGUCGCUAUGGCGACGCUCUGAGGGACUCGGCGAGGCGGCAGCGCGCCGCCAGGACGCUACAGAGAGCCGGCCGUCGGCUUCUGGAGAAACGACCCGCAGCUCAGGCUCCGCCCCCAACGCCGCUCUGGAUUGGUCAGGAGGGUUUGACGGACAGCCGGCGGGCGGAGCUGAAGCAGCAGGUGGAGGAGUACAUCCAGGAACACAGGUCGACACGCGUGUCUGUGGAGGCGUGUGCUGCGUUGCAUGAGGAGGUGCAGCAGCUGCUGCAGGCAGAGCUGCAGGGUGGAGCUCAGCGCAGGAGGGAGGAGCAGCAGGUGGAGGCUCUGCUGGCGCAAACACACACACACCUGGAGCUGCUGCGAGAUGCCCCGCCCCUUUCGGUUGUCACAGCGACGCAGGCGGAGUCCUUCCUGAGCCCGUCAGCAUCCAUCGCGGUUCGCGGGCGCAACGCCCACAAUGCUGUGCUGCAGGCGAGCCGGCUGCCCUGGUGGCGGACGCUGGGAGACACGAACACGGGGGCGGAGUCAGGCCCCGCCCACCUGCCGGAGCUGGAGGCGGAGCUUGGAGGACUGUUUAUCGGAGGCCUGGCGGUGGACGGCGUGAAGCUGUAGCAGCAGGAUGUGAAAUAUGUGAAGUUUGUUUUUGUCUCUAAUAAAACAUGUAAGUUUAUCAGA